CUGGCUCCAGCCUGAGGACUCUGCCCUGCCUCUUUCCCCGGCGUUGGUGCUCCCGCUCGGUGCUGCCAGGAUGUGCGGCAGGUUCGUGAGGCAGCUGUUGGCUGAAGAGAGCAGGCAUUCCACCUUCGUGGGGCACCUCCUGCUCCCCGUGCUCCUGGGAUUCCGCCUCGUGCUGCUGGCUGCCAGUGGGACCGGGAUCUAUGGCGAUGAGCAGAGUGAAUUCGUGUGUCACACUCAGCAGGCGGGCUGCAAGGCCGCCUGCUACGAUACCUUCCAUCCCUUCUCCCCCCUGCGCUUCUGGGCCUUCCAGGUCAUCUUGGUGGCUGUGCCCAGUGCCCUCUACAUGGGUUUUACUCUGUAUCAUCUGAUCUGGCACCGGGAAGAAUCAGGAAAGGUGACGGAGGAGACUCUGCUCCACCAAGGGGAGAACAGCAGAGAUGGCUCAGGGCCGGGGAGCCCCAGGCUGCUCUGGGCCUAUGUGGCACAGCUGGGGGUGCGGCUGGUCCUUGAGGGGGCCGCCUUGGGGGUGCAGUACCAUCUGUACGGCUUCAAGAUGCCUAGCUCCUUUGCAUGUCGUCGGGAGCCUUGCCUCGGUAGUAUAACCUGUUACCUGUCCCGCCCUUCUGAGAAGACCAUCUUCCUGAAGACCAUGUUUGGGGUCAGUGGGCUCUGUCUCCUGUUUACUCUUUUGGAGCUUGUACUCCUGGGCCUGGUGAGAUGGUGGAGGACCUGGAAGCACAAAUCUCCUCCUCCUAACUACUCCCCAGCUGCAGAGAGCACCAAAAAACACAAGGAACCGACUGAUAGCUUCCCAGCGGUGGAAGCCAAAGAGCAGUUCCGAGAAGCAGAGUUAUGAAGCCACCUGCCUCACCUCUGAAGGGAACCCUAUGACUGGAUCUUCUUCCGCGCAUCCAGUGAGUGGGGAUUUACUUCCGUGACAGAUUAGAGGCUGUUGAAGCAUCUCCCAGGGCCAUGGCGGGCCACGCUGCCCGAGGCAUUUCCCGGGAGAACUCCUGCUCGAGCCUUCCCUCCAGAAUCGCCUGGUAUCAGAGGCACCAUUUUCACGGGCUUGGUUCCAGAGUCAGCCGGCAGAAGCCUCCAUAAAACUGUGCUUCUCCCCUGUCCUGCGCAAUAAAUGCUGCUGCUGUUGGCAUUCCUGUUGCUGAAUGCAAUCUUCCUGCCACGGUGACUCUACUUACCUCUCCUCUGUGGUUCCACGGUCUCUGCUCCCCCCAGCUUCAAAGUCCCGUAACCUCUGGAUGUCCCCAGCCCCGCGGUGUCGGUCAUAUUCAGACUGGCCCUCCAUGCAUCUAUAACCCAGUGUCCUUCAACAUUCAGAUUUGGUUUAGUCAAACACCCAGCCACAUCCUGUAGGGCCGAUUACUGGCAGCUCGGAGGCUUACGGACCUGGGGCCACUGCCAGCUCCAACUUCUGCUCAUUCUUGUUUUCCACUUGGUGCACAGCAGCUGUCCCCUCGUCUCCAGCCCAGCAGCAACUCACACGAAGGGCCAAAUUCCUCCUUUUUAAACCCAUACCCCUCGUUUCCACCCAGAAAAGACAGGAGAGUUUUGCUGCUCAUUCAGGGGUAACAGGAAGGGAGUAUGAUUACAUCACAGUAUGAUUCGGCAGGUAAUUUAAAGCUAAAUAUCAAGCUUCUCUUUUCUGAGUCUCUCCAUCCCAUCUGCCUGAGGGUAUUCCAGCCCCCCACCUUCCUGCAGAAACAUCUUCCCCCCUCAGUUCUUCCUUGCCCUCAAAUUCUCAACAAAGAGCAACUACCUGGUUUUGUUUUCUCCUUCUGAAUCCCAAAUUAUACCAGGGUAAGUCAGGAAAGCUCACUCCUAAGGGAAGACAUUUGGUCCCCCAAGGGACCAACAACUAGAAAAUUAAUAAUUUUUCUUUCUGCUAUGCAAGUGUUUUUAUAAAGAAUCUCUCAUCUACUGUAACCAGAGUCCAGCCAAGUGACCAAGAAUGGAAAAAAAAGGAAAUGUCAUCAUUCGGAAUUCCCUCUUGAUAAUCCUUUUUAAACAGCUUUAUUGAGCUAGAGUUCACAUAUCACAUAAUUCACCCACUGAAAGCAUACAAUUCAAUGGCUUUUAGUAUAAUCACAGAGUUGUGCAUUUAUUAAUACAAUUUUAGGACAUUUUCAUCAACUCAAAAAGAAACCCAACACUUAGUUUUUACCCCCAAACCUCCAUGCCCCUCUCCAAACAUAAGCAGCCACUGAUAUACUUUCUCUCUCUCUCUCUACAUAUAUGUAUUUCUCUCUUAUAGAUUUUUCUAUUCUGGACCUUUCAUACAAAUGGAAUCAAUCAUACAAUAUGUGGUCUUUGCGACUGACUUCUUUCACUUAGCGUGUUUUUGAAGUCUAU